AUACUCUAUAAGAAACUUAAUUGGUGAAUUUGGAGUAUCUCCAGUAAUUGUUAUGACAGUUACCUAACUGUUUUUUGUCACUUAAUUCUCUAUUUCUAUUCUUCAUGUAAGAUAUUUACAUGAUUGUUUUUGUCCUAGAGCAAUCUUGAAAUAAUUUUUCUGAUGGUUAUUCUUUUUUGUUUCAGGAGAAUGACAUCACUCUCAAAUGACAUUAAUGGAUAACAGAUCUGAAGUGAAUACCUUCAUCCUUUUAGGAUUAAUAGAGACCCCAGUGUUUCAGGUUCCUCUGUUCAUAAUGGUCACCCUCAUCUAUCUCAUCACUCUGGUAGGGAACCUAGGGAUGGUAGCUUUGAUCUCCCAUGAUUCCUGCCUCCAUUCCCCAAUGUACUUUUUCCUCAGAAAUCUGUCUCUGGUGGAUUUUGGUCUUUCCUCAACUAUUAUUCCCAAGGUGAUAACUGGGCUCCUCACAGGCAACAAGUUCAUCUCCUAUAAUGGAUGUACUACCCAGUUGUUCUUCUUUAUGACCUUUGCUACUAUUGAAAGUUUUCUUUUAGGCAUCAUGGCUUAUGAUCGUCAUGCAGCUGUGUGUAGGCCCCUAUAUUACACCACAAUCAUGACUUCAAAAAUAUGUGUAUAUCUGGUCAGUGGGGCUCAUAUCUGGGGUUUUCUGACUUCCACCAUCAUCAUAGGAAAUGUUUUUAGCCUUUCAUUCUGCAGGUCCAAUGUAAUCCAUCAUUUUUAUUGUGAUAUUCCCCCUCUCUUAGUUCUCUCUUGCUCUGAAAUUCACAUGACUGAGACAGUAGUCUUCAUCAUUGGGUCAUUAAAUGCAUCCUUCCCAUUUCUUGUCAUCUUUUUCUCUUACUUGUUAAUCUUCAUCACUGUCCUGAAGAUUCGUUCUGCUGAUGGGCGCCAGAAAGCUUUCUCCACCUGUGCUUCCCAUCUCACAGCAGUGUUCAUAUUUUAUGGGACAGUCACCUUCAUGUACUUCCAACCCAGCUCAAGCCAUUCAAUGGAUUCAGACAAAAUGGUGUCAGUGUUCUAUACUAUGAUAAUCCCUAUGUUGAAUCCUCUCAUUUAUAGUCUGAGGAACAAAGAAGUUAAGAAUGCUUUCAGAAAAGCUAUGAAGAGACAAUGCCUUCAAUUUGAUCAUCCUAUUAAUUAG